AUGUCCAGCGAACAUUCCUUUGUCCCAGCUCCAGUGGUGCAGGUAGUCUUCGAGAAAGACAGCCUUCCGUCUUCGGAGGAGCCUCCCAUGGAAGAGUGGUCUUCCCUCCUCUUCGACGUGCGGGAACAAGUAAACGUCAAACGAGACAGGUAUGCAGAGGGGCUCUACGACCCUGGCAGUGGGGAAAUAUGCACCAAGUACGCACCACUUUCUGCUAGCUCAGUCUUACGACACCCUUAUUAUAAUUACCCUGGUGUUAAAGACCCAGGAAUCAGAGAAGCUCUAUUUCAUCCCAUCCCAAAAAUCAUAUAUCCCGACGAUGGUCAAGAACUCUACAUGGACACAUGCAAAGAAAUGAACCUAUGCCCGAUUAGAAGCUUCUGUCGUCAACUUCUUGAAGAAAAAGUAGAUCUAAAGUACUACGGAAUCGCUCCAUCUGCGUUUCGCUCCAUAGCUAUGGCACUUAAGUUAAACAGAAACGUUCAAGUUCUAGAUUUAACUGAUAACUUCAUAAGUAUAGAUGGGUGCUACCAUUUAGGCGAAAUGUUAGUAAAUAACAUAACUUUGAAAGAGCUAAAUUUGACAGGAUGCAGAAUUGGCCCAGAUGGAGCGAGAUUUCUGCUGUACAACCUUCAUUUGAACCGAACACUCAAAAAAAUAAACUUAUCCAGAAACCAGUUAGAAGAUCGAGGUGUGGAGUAUUUAGCCAGAGCUAUUUUUAAGGGAUCAGACAUUGCAGAUGUAAAUCUGAGUUACAACAAGUUAACUGGCAACUCAGCGGCAAUGCUGGCCGAGGUGAUAGAGAUUAAUAAUAAAUUCACUCACCUAGAUAUGUCAUGGAAUUCUAUGCUGUCCCCUAACGCGAUAUAUACCUUGUGCGUCAGGCUCUCUCAAAAUGAUAAAUUUGAGGUGCUCAAUUUAUCUUGGAAUGCACUAAGUGGUCAGCGUGUUGGAAACGGAAUAAAAGUACUAAUGAAAAAUCCAAAUCUACGCAGUUUGAAUUUGUCCAAUAACAACUUAAAGGGAUUGGCGAUUAAAGCGAUUGGAACGAAUUUACCGAAAGCUGUCAAACUUGAAGUGUUAGAUUUAUCGUACAAUACUAUGACCCCUGAUGAUGCUGUCAGAUUGUUGACAUUCAUGAAAGAACGUCAGGUCAAGCUGCAAAGGCUUUUGAUGGAUAACGUGAUUGUUAAUGAGCAGUUCCUGAUAGUCCUAGAUGAGGUGAAAAGAUUAAAGUUUCGUAAAAACACCGUUAUCACGUGGGGUGGGUUGCGGCCCACGUUCGUAUCGAAAGGCAUCGACAUGCGAGAAAUACUGUUUAACAGGGCUGAUGCUAUAUGCCGCAUGAAGAAGCAACCGGUAGAUAUAGCCUUGAUUAUCCUCGCUAUGCAUAAGGAGAGCAAAGAUCCUUGGGCAACAAAGCAGUUCUUUAGAUCUGUAAGAAGAGCUGGCGCUGUACUAGAUGACGACUUGCUAGUAGAGAUGUGUAAUAUCUUCGCCGGUCCUAAGGCGGAGAAGACAACGACUGUCAACAUCAACGGCAUAGUGGAUUAUCUUCGCCGCAAGUGGCCUGACAGGCAACUACCCCCCACUCCCCCUCCCGAACCAGAACCCGAAAAAAAGAAAAAGUUGAAAGGCAAAAAGUGA